GGAAGAACUCCAGUUUUUCAACCAGUCACAACCAUUCAUUCCCUCUAGCCCGUCGCGCAUACUGACAGGCAGAGCCGUUGUCUGAGACCGCUGAACCCCCCCUCUCCCCCCCCAGCAUGGCUGCAGACUCGAUGGAGAUUGACGACUCUCUUUACAGCCGCCAGCGAUAUGUGCUGGGAGACAGUGCUAUGCACCAGAUGGCCCAGUCCUCAGUCUUUCUCAGUGGAAUGGGAGGACUGGGAAUUGAGAUAGCAAAGAAUAUCGUCCUGGCUGGCGUGAAGGCAGUCACCCUUCAUGACGCAAAGCAGUGUGAAACCUGGGAUCUGGGCUCCAACUUCUUUAUCCACAAAGAGGACGUGUUGAGCCAGAAGAGAAGGGUGGAGGCUGUGUGCCCACGGGUCGCAGAGUUGAACCCGUACGUCCACGUUGACGUGUCUUCCUCGGAUCUGGACGACAACACCGAUCUCAGCUUCCUCGGAAAGUAUCAGUGUGUGAUUCUGACUGAAGCCCGAUUGAGCCUGCAGAAGAGAGUGAACGACUUCUGCCAUUCACAUCAACCUCCCAUCAGAUUCAUUGGCUGUGAUGCGUACGGCAUCUGCGUGCGGGUGUUUUGUGAUUUCGGAGAGGAGUUUGAGGUGUCCGAUCCCACAGGAGAGGAGCCCAAAGAGAUUUUCAUCCAAAGUAUCACUCAGGACAAUCCUGGGGUGGUAACCUGCAUGGACGACCAACCCCACGGCCUCCAGACAGGCCAGAGUGUUGUCUUCAGAGAGGUCAAUGGCAUGGUGGAAGUCAACGGCACCGCACGCCCCGUUUCAGUCCUUUCCCCUAUCAGCUUUGCAAUAGGAGACACAUCCCAACUACAACCAUAUGCACAUGGAGGUUUCUUUGUUCUGGUGAAAUCCCCCAAGACAUACAGAUUUGAGACAUUAGAGAAACAGUUGUGUGAUCCUCAGGUCCUGACUCCAGACUUCAGUAAACCAGAGGCCCCGCUACAGAUCCAUGCAGCAAUGAUGGCUCUGGACACCUUCCAGGAGCAGCACAGCAGACUCCCCAACGUCGGGUGCUCACAGGAUGCUGAGGUUUUACUGAAGCUAACGGAGGAAGUGAAUGCAACUCUCAGUACCAAAGCGUCCGUGAACGCCGAGUUGGUGCGCUGUCUGUCGAGAACAGCGAGGGGAACGCUCCCUCCGUUGGCAGCGGCUGUGGGAGGUCUAGCCAGCCAGGAAGUUCUUAAGGCCAUCACAGGGAAGUUUGCGCCACUGCAGCAAUGGUUUUAUCUUGAUGCCAUCGAGGUAGUCCGGCCGCUUCAGUCCGUCUCUGCGGAGGAGUUUUUACCAAAGGGCGAUCGCUACGAUGGGUUACGAGCUUGCAUCGGUGAAUCAAUGUGUCUAGAACUGCACAAGCUGAGGGUCUUCAUGGUGGGCUGCGGGGCCAUCGGCUGUGAAAUGCUGAAAAACUUUGCCCUGCUUGGGGUGGGAUUGGCCAGCAGAUCAGGAGAGGUAUGCGUCACAGACCCAGACCUCAUAGAAAAGUCCAACCUCAAUCGGCAGUUUCUCUUCAGACCACAUCAUAUACAGAAACCGAAGAGCACCACGGCGGCAGAAGCCACUCACGAAAUCAACCCAGACCUGCAGGUGGUCGCUCACCUCAACAAGGUGUGUCCUGCUACCGAGAGCAUCUACAAUGACUCCUUCUACUCCCGCCUGAACCUGGUGGUCACCGCGCUGGACAACGUGGAGGCCCGCAGAUACGUGGACAGCCGAUGUUUAUCCAAUCAGAAGCCUCUCUUGGACUCCGGCACCAUGGGAACGAAAGGACACACAGAAAUCAUUGUGCCAAAUUUGACAGAGUCCUACAAUAGCCAUAGGGACCCCCCUGAAGAGGAGAUCCCAUUCUGCACUCUCAAGUCCUUCCCUUCUGUCAUAGAGCACACCAUUCAAUGGGCCAGAGACAAGUUUGAGAAUCUGUUUGCACACAAGCCCUCCAUGUACAACUCCUUCUGGCAGACCCACUCCUCGGCCGAAGUGGUGCUACAGAGGAUGCAGAGGGGGGAAAGUCUGGAGGGGUCAUUCCAGGUCAUUAAGCUGCUAAGCAAACGGCCCAGCCAGUGGGAACAGUGCAUCACUAUCGCCCGUCUGAAGUUCGAAAAGUACUUCAAGAGAAAGGCCCUACAAUUGUUGCACUCUUUCCCUCUGGACACAAGGUUAAAAGAUGGAAGUUUGUUCUGGCAGUCCCCGAAAAGACCUCCAGCUCCUAUUGAUUUUGACUUGAAAGACUCUUUGCACUUCACUUUCAUUGUCGGCACCGCCCGGCUCUUUGCAGGGAUUUACAACAUUCCCUACUCAGAAAAGGAUUUCUCCGAAGAGGUGGUGACCAGGCUUCUCUCAGAUGUCAAGAUCCCCGAGUACAGGCCUUCACAGAAAUGUAUAGAGACCGACGAGACGGCAAAGAAGCCCGAUUCAAUGAAGUUGCCUCUGAGCAGCGAGGAAGAGAGGGAGGCCAUCUCUCAGCUGGAGCAGGCCAUUGCUACCGACAAUGUCACAGCAGAGAGGUUACAGGUGAGCCCGCUGCAGUUUGAGAAGGACGACGACGGCAACGGCCACAUGGACUUUGUCACGGCGGCGUCCGCCCUCAGAGCCAGGAUGUACGCCAUAGAGCCGGCAGACCGACUCAAGACCAAGCGGAUCGCCGGCAAGAUCAUCCCCGCCAUCGCCACGGCAACAGCUGCAGUGGCUGGAUUGGUGGCCCUGGAGCUGGUCAAGGUGAUCGGAGGCUACGAGUUUGAGUCUCUCAAAAACUGCUUCUUUAACUUGGCCAUCCCUGUAGUGGUGCUCACCGAGCCUGCCCAAGUUAAACAGUCACUCAUCAGGGACAACAUUUACUUCUCCAUCUGGGACUGUUGGACUAUCUUUGGCCGAGAGGACUUCACCCUCUCUGACUUCAUGAAUGCAGUGAAGGAAAAGUAUGGAAUCGAACCCACUAUGGUAGUCCAUGGUGUGAAGAUGCUCUAUGUGCCUGUGAUGCCCGGACACUCGAAGAGGCUCAAGCUAACGAUGCAGAAGCUGAUCAAGCCAUCCGUGGACCGCCGCUACGUCGACCUCACCGUGUCGUUCGCCCCAGAGGCGGACGGAGACGACGACCUGGCCGGCCCUCCCGUCAGGUACUUCUUCAGCCGCAAUGGAGAGACGCCCUGACUGCUGCCCCGGUGUCGUCCUCAAGCCUCUUGUGUCCUUACUCCUCCCUAUCUUUCAUGUAAAUUGUUGUACUACAAUAACCUGGGCCAAGGCCUAGAGCUUUCCUUCAGGAUGUUCUCCGACAAGGGAAAACGCUCCUGGGCCCCAACCCCAGCCCCCCCCCUCCAGUACGUAAUGGAACAAGAAAAGGCCGGUCCUGGUCCCAGUUUUUCUCUCCCCAGAUCUAGCCAACAGGAGGCUGCUUGAGUAGCACUUAACUGUACCUGUGUACAUAUAUUUCCUGGUCUGUUUUCUACUCGGGUAAAGGAAAAAAAGAAAUGCACAGCUCCAAGCUGUGUCGAUGCCUUAAUUGAUUAAUAGCUUUUUUUCUGUUUGUGGCAGUGAGUCUGACUAAAUAAACGAAUUAUGUCCUCAGAAACCUGGAAUCUCCCCAACACACCAACCAAAUUAGUCUCGUUUGUGUUUCAAGUCUACUGGGCCCAAAAAAGGGGGCCGGUGAAGUGCAUUUGUUCGGCAUCACAUAUUUCUUCUUCCUCAGAGUCCUCUCAGUGGAUUUGAACUCAUUGCCAACCACAGAAUUAUGACAGGCGUCUGUCAUCUCCCUUUACAGAAGCAGUUCGAGGCCAAUAUUUGUUCAGACAGUUAGAGGUGAUCACGCCCCUUCAGAUGAUUGUCUUUUAAUACUGCCUCAUAAAGACACAUUUCUAUCACAGCGGGAUGGCUAUUACCCGAACAUUACAGAGCAGAUGUGCAUUGCACUUAACUUCAUGGGAUAAAGCACCCACCAAUUGUAGCUGCUAGUCUUACCUAUCAUGUAAAACACUUAGGUAAUUACUGUAUCAACACCAGUCAACACAUUUGGGUGAACCACAUGUUCCUCAUUAGAUUAAAUAAUGGCAUGACUUCAAUAGUAUCACAAACAAAGAGGCUUCUUUCUUUUUUUUCUUGACUGACAAAACAUCUGUACCACCAUCUGGGAUCACACUCCUGUUUUCAUUAAACAAAAUCUGUGCUGUUGCAUUUGUUUAUGGAUGUGUGUCCAUGACAUGUAUUUAUUUUCUCAUUUUUGUCACUUUUUUCAUGUCAAAUGAGCCUGUGUUGAAGAGCCCUGUGUAGUCAUGGUUCACUGUUUUUUUUUUUUUGUGAAACAAGACAAAGUCAAACUAAAAGUAGUUGGAAAAAGAAAAUCAUCCUUCUGUUUAGUUCCAGUGGAAGGUUAUGAAAAGGGGUCUUUAAAGUAGUCUGCAUUGGCUUAAAUUGGCAAUAAAGUCAAUGUAGUUCUGAGUGGAAUAAUUAAAAAAAAUAAAUGUAGCUCUGUAUUAAGAUACUCUUUCAUACUGACUGGUUAUCAUCUGCUUCAAACAAGACUAAAGCCACACUAAAUGCUUCCUGGACCGCAUUUGUUUUUCUCCCCCAGUAACCAGAGGUGGUGAAUUUGGCUUUUCACAGAAAACGUCACAUCAUGUUGACGACACUUUAUUUUGCGGUGAAUGUCAUAAGUGUAAAAACUAAAACGGUGUUAACGUGUGACAAUAACGAUGUAUGUUCCUGUGACAGACAGCUCAACCAACGGUCCAAUAAAAUGUGAGAUUUCAGGAUGUCCUCAAACGACGGCUGAUCUGCGUCUUUUGUACUGCAUACAACUAUUUUGAUAAUUUAUUGAUUUAAAAAAGUGAAAAAAGGCCAAACAUUCUCCACUUCCAGCUUCUCAGGAGCAGGUUGGCUGCUUUUCCUUUACAUAUAUAUCAUUGUAAACUAAAUAUUUUAGGGUUUUUCUUUAGACAUUUGCACACAUCACCAUGGGCUUUAGGAAGUUGUGAUAGACAUUUUCCCUCAAUUGUUUUUUGACAUUUCAUAGAAUGAUUGAUCACCACGAAACACAAUCAAUUAAGGAAAAAAAAACAGAACAUUUUAAGGUAUUACAUUAGAUGGAUUAUCAUUGUGCAUAAAAUCUCAUGACUAGUGAGAUAUCAGUAAAUAAAAAUCUACACUUUUUAC